AUGAAUAUAAAAUUAUUGCUUUUAUUCGGUAUCGGUUUGAUAACGUUGGCGGAAGCAACACAUCUUCGUCGCUUAAGAGAACACCUUAGGCGAAGAACAAAUCGAAAUGAAGAUGACCAAUACGAAGAUUCCUUGGAUGAAAAUGUACGUCCUAGCGGUUUGCUACGCCGUCAUUUAAGGAGAGGAGGAAGAGGACCAACUAUUAUGGGACCACCUGGGCAGCGGGUAAACUUUAAUCCAAUACGACAAAAUCCAGCGAUAAAUCAAAACAGAAUAUAUCCUCAACAAAAUCUCAUACAUGAAGAUCUUAUUAAGCCAAACCAACAGCAGUUACCUCAUAAUCCCGCUUAUGUCCAAGUCAUGCCACACCCUAAUCAGCCAGUUAACGUACCUCCGGGGCUAUUUACAAAUGCAAAUCACAUACAACAGCCUUCCAUUCAAGGUCAGCAAGUACCCGUAGGGGGACAAUUUGUACCAGUUAUACAAAAUCCCGGAUAUGUCCAACAGCCUGUUCCAAAUUAUCAGCCCGUAGUAGGGAUGCAACCAGUAACUCAUUUGAAUCAAAAUCCGCAACAUUUACAAGUUGUUCCCCAGAUGAACUAUCCUCAAAAUCCUCAACACGUUCAACAUCAACAGAUGCCAGUUAUACAACCUGUACCAGUGUCACAUGGGUCGCCCAAUUCUGUAAACAACGUCAUGCUUACAAAUGGAUUUGUACCAAGUCAACAAGGGCUUCCUUAUAAUCAACCUGAAAGGAAUGUUCCCCAACCAACACCAGUGGAUAGCGGUUUACCACCUCAUUAUAACAAUAACCAAAAUUCUGGAUUAUCUAACAAUAUUUUGCAGCCGGCACCGUAUACGCCCAAUCAACCGACUAAUAACUUUGAAGCGGAAACAUUUAAACCAAAUCUUUCAGUUACCAAUGAGAAAAUCAUACAACAACAACAUCCUGUUGGGCAAUUUCCAAACUUCCAAAGUCCGCCACUUGACGACCUGAUAAACAAAAUACUGACAACUACGACAAGCGAGAAACCUACGCUUAAUCCUCGCCGCAUGGAUCUUCUUUACGGCAGCAAUCUACAUGAGGAGGAAAAUUUUGAAGAUGAAACUCGGAGAGAUCUAACAGUCGACAUCGAUCCGCGCAUGGGCGGCCCCACCAAUGCGAAAAAUACUAACGAUGAGAAUGAUUUAAGAAAAUGA